GGGAGGGGUAAAAUCUCGACAUACCGCGUAUAAAAGUCUUUCGGUGGAAGCGUUCGAAUGUUUUGUUCGUUACCAGUGUUAAUUCCGACAAGAUGGUAUCGCGGUACUUCCUCGUACUGAGCAUCGCUUUGUUGUUGUUCGAACACAUCCACGCGGCACAGCCGAUACCGUACGAGACAGAGCUGCUAGCAACACGGAAUGAUCAAGAUCAAGGGCACCUUGUUCGCCAAAAAAGGUCGCCAUUUGGAAAACUGUUGUUGAUCGGUGGAGCCGCCCUCGGAGCCAAAGCUCUGGCCACGAAGGCGCUCUUGUUGGGCGGCGCUGCUCUCGGAGCUAAAGCUCUUAUUGGCGCCAAAGUCGUCGGGGCUGGUUUAUUGAAAGCGAAAAGCUCUGGUGGCUCUUAUUCUGGUGGUUCUUACUCUGGUGGUUCUUACUCUGGAGGUGCUUACGCUGGUGGAUACGCAAGUCAGAAAACGUGGAGUAAAUGAGGGAUAGAAGCUAGAAUCGAAAAUCAUUUCCAGGAACGAAAAGAAUCUCGGCGUUACUUGGUGCAAACGAACGAGCAAAACCUUUGAGUUUCGUUGCAUGGGAAAGACAUACAAUUUUUCUGUACAUACGUAUUUAAUAAAGAUUUAAUCUCAAAAUCGA